UUGCUCUGUAGGAUGUCUGGGUUACCAAUAACUUAAGACUUUUUAAUAAUGGAGUUCAAAAUGAUAAUGGGUGCUGUAUUACAUUUAAUGAUAGCCUUGUAACCAAUGGGUCAUUAUCUUAGUUGGAUCAUCACCUUAUAGGAGUCAGAGUCUUAACUUAAAAGGAGCUGCAGAAAUUGAUGCUAAACUGAAGAAUUCAUUUUUUGCUUUGGACUCUUACUGCUGAAAGGAGGAACCCUGAAGGAAUUGCCGUCUGCUCUCCCCUGACCCUCGAUUGCACCCCAGUUUAAUCAGAAAAUGAAUCUCCUUGUCAUAUUUCUCCACUUCAUUGGUGCAUCCUUUGCCCUUCCACUUGGUGUGCAGCGGCUCCUUUCUGCAAGCAACAGCAAUGAGGUUGUGAUGGGAAUGGUUGAUCCUGCUCUGUAUCAGGGUGGCGCACUAAAUGCUCUUGGUACCGGAGUCUUGCAAAAACAGCUGCAGUCCAAAAUUCCAGGUUUGACACAAAUCCAACAUGGUGCCCGUACUCCAAAUCUACAAAAUCUUAUUCCUUUGCAAAAGAUGGUGCCGAAUGCGGGGACUCCCUUUUUAAUAAUGGAUGGAGUAUUGCAGGCACCUUAUCAAAAUCAGCAACACCCUAAUCAGAUGAUGCUGUAUGUUGUUUCUUAUGGAUUAUCCCCCAAGCAAGGCCAGAUUGGAGCCGUACCACCACACGAAACAGGAACCCAACAGCUCCCUGAACAGGUGCUAGGAUGCUUUGUGCCACAGUUAAAUGGAGACGCAGCCAAUCCAGAAAUGAUUCCUUUUGGUGGUCUUCAACUUCCCACUAAAGCCCCCGAUGUUCCUCAGGCUUUUGGAGAAAACCGUGCUCUUGAAUCACUGAAUCUGGAAGUCAAGGUUUACCCAGAUAAUGCUGAGGCACCGCAAUUACCCUAAUGCUAAAUUCCAAUAGGAUGUUGCUGUUACUGAACAACCCAGCAGCCAUGUCUACCUGUGUGAUAUAUAACGCCAACUUGGUCCUUCCUUAACUUUCCAAGCAAAAUGCCAUGCCUAUUUGUCAUUCAUUAAAAAUAUUUAAAAAACA